AUGGCGAUGUUGGAUAUAUCUACAGCGGACAGAGGGAAGCCAUUGGAUGAUCAGGUCCGAGAAGAAUUCCAACUAGCUGGUGUGAGCGCGUUUUGCUAUCUGCUGUUAGAUCCUAGGAAGAUUUGCGUUGACGUCGAGUCGUUAGAUCUGAAAAGUUUCGUGCCGUCGAUUUUCUACGUUGGAAAGGGUUCAAAGGCGCGGCCCUUGGCCCAUUUGAUUGAAGCGAAGAAGGAGAAGGAAGCGAAGUCUCCAAAAAUGGUUGGUGCAUCUACAAGCUUCCCUUUCACCUUCCAUCAUUUUGCAUUACUC